ACUUACUCAGCUGUCACGUUCUAUAUAACUGUCAUCUAUCAAUUGAGUGAAGUGCGGCAACGGGCAAAUGCAACGUGUAUAUAUAUUUUAUAAAAAAGCAAUAAAUACACCAUAAAUCAUAAAAUAAGUAGGCCCUAAAAUGGCUGCACUGGACCGCAAAGGCACCUUUAAGGUGGAAUAUCUCCAAGAAAUCGAGAAGAAAGUCCAAGAGAGAUGGGAUAAAGAGAAAAUAUUUGAAGUGGAGGCACCAUCUGAUGGAAAACCGCAUGAAAAGUUUCUUUGCACUUUCCCUUACCCAUACAUGAAUGGCCGCUUGCAUCUUGGUCAUACAUUCUCACUGUCAAAGUGUGAGUUUGCAUCAAGAUAUUAUAGACUUAAAGGCCGUAUGGUACUCUUCCCAUUUGGCUUCCAUUGCACAGGAAUGCCCAUUAAAGCUUGUGCGGACAAACUCAAGAGGGAAAUGGCUUUAUAUGGAUGCCCUCCAGUUUUCCCUGAGGAAGAGGAAGUGGCAGUGAAGGAAGAAGACAUAGUGCCUAAAGAUAAGAGCAAAGGAAAGAAAAGCAAAGCUGUGGCGAAAACUGGUGCAGCCAAGUUUCAAUGGCAGAUCAUGAAAAGUAUUGGCAUAUCUGAUGAAGAGAUCAAAGAGUUUGCCAAUGAAAGUUACUGGCUGGAGUAUUUUCCUCCACGAGCUGUAGAUGAUUUGAAAAGAAUGGGUAUUCAUGUCGAUUGGCGGCGUAAGUUUAUCACUACAGAUGCCAAUCCAUUUUACGAUUCAUUCAUAAGAUGGCAGUUUUACCAUCUGAAGGAUCGUAACAAGAUCAUGUAUGGUAAACGGUACACUAUAUUCUCACCGUUAGACAAGCAGCCUUGCAUGGACCAUGACAGGAGCACUGGUGAAGGUGCAGGUCCUCAGGAGUACACUCUGAUCAAAAUUGAAGUCCUAGACCCACUCCCGGAGAAACUUAAGUCUUUCAAGGGGAAAAAAAUUUACUUCGUUGCGGCGACAUUGAGGCCAGAAACGAUGUACGGACAGACGAACUGCUGGGUCCAUCCUGACAUUAAAUACAUCGCCUUCGAAACCGUGAAGGACGGCAUCUUUAUUUGCACUCGUCGGGCCGCCAGGAACAUGGCUUAUCAAGGCUUCACAGAAAAGGAUGGAGAAUUUAACAUACUACUUGAAAUAGUUGGUCAAGAUCUUCUAGGCUCGGUUUUGAAGUCGCCUUUUACGAGUUAUGAAAAGAUAUAUGCGUUGCCCAUGUUGACCAUUAAGGAAGAUAAAGGUACGGGCAUUGUGACUAGCGUGCCCUCAGAUUCACCUGAUGAUUACGCAGCUUUAGUCGAUCUACAAAAGAAGCCAGCUUUUAGAGAAAAAUACGGAAUUACAGACGAAAUGAUUCUUCCGUUCACGCCAGUGCCUAUUCUGGAUAUACCAGAGUUUGGCAACUUAUCCGCUGUUUUCGUAUACGACAAACUGAAGAUACAAAGUCAGAACGACAAGGACAAAUUAACGCAGGCUAAAGAAAUGGUGUAUCUGAAAGGGUUCUAUGAUGGAGUGUUAUUGGUCGGGGAGUAUAAAGGAAAGAAGAUUCAGGAUGUUAAGAAGAACUUGCAGACUAAAUUGAUCCAGGAAGGCAGUGCUGUGGUUUAUUAUGAGCCUGAGAAGACUAUUAUAUCGAGGUCUGGGGACGAGUGUGUGGUGGCGCUUUGCAACCAGUGGUAUCUGGAUUAUGGUAAUGAGGAAUGGAAGGGGCAGACGGAGAAAGCUUUAGGCGCGAUGAAUACGUACCACGAUGAGGUCAGGAAGAACUUCCAGGCGACAUUGAAGUGGCUGCAUGAGUAUGCUUGCUCUAGGACUUACGGUCUUGGAACAAAACUACCCUGGGAUCAGCAAUGGCUAAUCGAAUCCCUUUCGGACUCGACAAUCUAUAAUGCGUACUACACGGUAGCGCAUUUCUUGCAAGGCAGCACGUUUAGGGGCAACCAAGGCAACGCACUAAACAUCAAACCAGAAGACAUGACUAGCGAAGUGUGGGACUACAUCUUCUUUAAGGAUGCGCCUUUCCCGAAGGAUACGAAAAUUGCUAAGAAAUCCUUAGAUCUUAUGAGGGAUUCAUUCCAGUUUUGGUACCCAGUAGACCUCAGAGUGUCUGGCAAAGACUUGAUCCAAAACCACUUAACAUUCUACAUCUACAACCACUGCGCGAUGUGGCCCAACGAGGAGGACAAAUGGCCCAAAGGCAUCAGGGCAAACGGGCAUCUAAUGUUGAACUCCGCCAAGAUGUCCAAAUCCGAGGGCAACUUCCUCACGCUCUCAGAGUCUAUUGACAAGUUCAGCGCGGAUGGCAUGAGAUUGACGCUGGCUGAUGCGGGAGAUUCGGUGGAAGACGCUAACUUCGUGGAAAGUACAGCUGAUGCUGCUAUUUUGAGGCUGUAUACGUUGAUUGAGUGGGUCAAAGAGAUUGUUGCGACAAAAUCUACGCUGAGGACAGGUGAAUACAAUUUCCACGACAAAGUAUUCGUAAGCGAGAUGAACACAAAAAUAGUGGAGACUGACGAAAACUACAAUAAAAUGCUGUUCAAGGAGGCUUUGAAGACAGGCUUCUUCGAAUUGCAAGCCGCAAGGGACAAAUACAGAGAGCUCUGCUCUGAUGGCGGCAUGCAUGCCGAUUUAGUCACUAGGUAUAUCGAGGUGCAAGCGAAAUUGAUGUCACCGAUAUGUCCGCACGUCGCCGAACACGUUUGGGAGUUGCUCGGUCAUAAAAAGAGCAUACUCCACGAACGAUGGCCGGUAGCGGGCGAGGUUGAUGAGGUUGCAGUGAAAGCCAGCAAUUACCUGAUGGACGCCGCACACUCCUUCCGCAUAUAUCUCAAGAACCACUGCGCUGUCAAGAAACCAAAGAAAGGCGAGGCGCCGAAACCGGAGAAAAAACCUAACAAAGCGAUUGUAUGGGUCGCUAAGGAGUAUCCCAAGUGGCAACAUAUUAUAUUGACCACUUUGAAAGAAUUGAAUGGGCCGUCAGGCCUGCCAGAUAACAAGACUAUAUCGACCAAGCUAGGCGGAAUCCCGGAUUUGAAGAAGUACAUGAAACGUGUGAUGCCAUUCGUGCAAGCGACCAGGGAGCAUAUGGAGCGAGUUGGCGUCGAGGCGCUGUCUGUGGGUCUUCGGUUUGACGAGGCAGCAGUCCUGUUGGAAAACAAGCAGUAUUUACUCAAUACCUUGGAUCUGGAUAAUCUCGAAGUGAAAUUCACCGAUGACCCGGAAGCCGGCGAGAAAACCCGCGAGGACUGCGCUCCAGGACAGCCUCACAUCAACUUCUACGCAGAGGAAGGGCUUCCCAUAGAGCUCAUAAACCCAGUGCCUUGCAAUGGCCUGUUCUCUGUUAAUGUAGACUUGACUGAUGGAGACACUGUUGAGAAACUAAAGGCCAAGAUUGCGAAGGAGGUUAAGGCUAUUAAAGAUGUAAAUUAUCUCAAGAUAUGGCGUUAUUCAGACCCCGUGAUGGGUCCGAGAAAGAUACCGACCAUUGGUGACCAUGAAAGCCGGUGUGUUGUCAUAGACAGCGCUUCACUUCUGAAGGUGGACAUAGCCAACAAGAAGGUGGAACUAGUGUCUAACGGGAAGAAUAUAGAUAUAGGCACAAAAAUGGUGUACACAUAUGAAAAGUAACGGAUUUUUACUUAAAUAAAUUAUGAUUAAUUUAUUUAUUAAA